UUCACGGUAGUACUGAAAGUUGCUAGCAGUUUGUGAUACGAAUUUUGUACAAAACUAGCAUCCGUCAACCGGCAAGGAGGUCUUACAGAGUUUCUCGCUGUCACAUCACAAAAAACCUUAUAAGUAUAUGAAAAAUCUUAGUUGUAAUGCAAUCGGGUCAGAUGUAAAAGAAGCUACGUUAAUUCGUGAUUUAACAAUAGCAUUUUUUUGACUCCUAACUCAUGAGUGUUAGCAAAGUGUCACGACAAAGAUGGUGGAGUUUUUUUAUUUAAGUAAAUGGUACUUUAACUUCUUUUUUAGAUCUUAUGAGUUGAUGGUUUUGCAUUCGUGAGCUCUUUCGAAAAUUUAAGACUAUUUUAAAAGGUACCAGUUAAAAAACUUGCUGGGAGAAUGUCAAAAUUGAAACAACUUGGUCUACUGAUAUGGAAGAAUUUCAAGCUUCAAAGAAAACAUCCGAUUGGAACCAUUUUUCAAAUAGGGUUACCAAUCUCCGUGUCAUUCAUACUCCUGGCCUUGCGAUUGUUCCUUGUCACUGAUUGCCCAGCCUUGGUUUGGAAUGAAUUCAAUGUAACCUCUCCACCACCUGCACUAAGAAGAUCAUUCUCUAUAGGCUUGGCUGCAAAUAAUGCUUCUCAACUGUCACAUGAGCUUUUCAACAACCUUACAUUUUAUCUUAAUGAACAUGCUUAUCCGGAUCAAAACAUCACCUUGCAAAUAUUUCCAAAUGAGGAUGACAUGGUUAAUGAAAUAAUGAGCUCCUCUGAAGGCAACUCUACCAAAUACAUUGGAGGUAUACACUUUACUCGUCUCCCAUCAAAACAGGCUAAUUUUAUUAACUACAAGCUGCGAUUCAUCAACUCAAAGGGAGACUACUCUCGCCAUCGCAAGAAUGACUAUGGCUGGUUGACAAAGUAUGUUUUCCCGAGGUUUCAAAAUUCUGAACCAAGAAAUAAAGAUGAUUCCCUUGGAGGCAGUCCAGACUAUUAUAGUACCGCUUUCUUGUUUACCCAACAUGCAGUAGAUCGAGCUAUUAUUGGACAGUUUGCUACUCAAGACCAAAUAUCGGUUCGCAUGGAAAAAUUUCCAUUCCCAAACUAUUUUAAGGUUCCCUUCAGUUCAAUUAUUCAAUUUGUAAUCUCAGUCGUCAUAGCAAUUGCUUAUUUGUUUACUGCACUUGUGAUUGUGUGUAAUAUUGUAUAUGAGAAGGAACAAGGGCUAAAGGAGACUUUAAAAAUCAUCGGCGUCAAUCAUUGGCUUCAUUGGGUGGCGUGGUUUAUUCAAAGUUUUCUUAUUUGUCUCGUUGCAGUUGUCAUAAUGACGCUUCUUUUCACGAUAAAAUUUAACAGUAAUGGGAGUGUUAUCGACAAAACAGCACCCACAAUAUUUUUCAUCUAUCUUUUGCUUUAUAUUACCUCUUCUAUUAUGUUUUGUUUCUUCGUAAGCGUUUUUUUCUCUAAAGUGAGCACCGCUGCCAAAGUUUGUGCUAUAAUUUGGUAUAUUUCCUUCAUACUAUUCUUCUUCAUAUGGCAAUACUACGACAAAAUGUCAUUCACUCUCAAAGCAAUUGCAUGCCUCAUACCAAAUCUUGGCAUUUCUCUUGGAGCGAUUGUCAUCGGCAAGUUUGAAGGAUCCGGUAGCGGCGUUCAAUGGGAUAACCUUUUUCAUGGUGUUGAUGUGGACGACACGUUCUCCCUCGGGACUGUGUUCAUCAUGAUGAUUAUUAGUUGUGCCAUAUAUGGUAUGCUUACAUGGUAUAUCGAAAAUGUGUUCCCAGGACAGUAUGGUACUUCGAAACCUUUUUACUUCCCAUUCACCAAGAGCUACUGGUGUGGAAGCUUUGAAAAGGUAUCAAACGAUAAAGAAACCUUCCCAUUAAGAAAUGCGGAAAAUUUCGAAACAUCGAAGAAGUUCGAAAGGGCUCCUCAAGGUCUGAAUGUGGGGAUUGACAUCAAAAAUUUAGUGAAGAUCUAUGACGGAGUAAAAGGUAAAAAAGUUGCUGUGGACGAUGUUACACUAAAGAUAUUCGAGGGACAAAUUACAGUUCUUCUUGGUCAUAACGGAGCUGGUAAAAGUAGUUUGAUGUCUGUCCUUACCGGUUUUUAUUUUCCGAGUCAGGGAACUGCUGUUGUCAAUGGUUACGACAUUAGAACAAGCAUGGAUGGCGUACGGUCAAGUUUAGGUUUAUGUCCACAACAUGACGUUUUGUACGAUCGACUGACUGUUAAGGAGCAUUUGUGGUUCUUCGGAAAACUGAAGGGUCUGUCUAGUGAUGAAAUCGAUAGCAAAGUGGUAAAAAUGAUGGAGUCCAUCAAACUCGCGGAUAAAGCUAACGCUCAGACAAGAUAUUUGUCUAGCGGGAUGAAACGCAAGCUAUCUUUAGGAGUAGCGCUGAUUGGAAAAACGAAGGUGUUAAUGCUUGACGAACCUACUUCCGGUAUGGAUCCAUCUACCCGCAUGUUUACUUGGAAACUGCUUGAGAAGUAUCGUGACGGACGAACGAUCUUGCUGACGACACAUUCCAUGGACGAGGCCGACUUUUUAGGAGACCGCAUUGCGAUAAUGGCCGAGGGCAAAAUCCGUUGUUGUGGUAGUUCAUUGUUUUUGAAAAACCAUUAUAGCAUGGGCUAUCAUAUAGUGAUGGUCAAAGAACCAGAAUGUAAAGAACACAAAAUUGAUGAACUUGUUAAAGAGUACGUCCCGAAUGGCCAAUUGGAUAGUCGUGCUGGCGCUGAACUGUCCUACAUCUUGCCUCGGGAAUCUUCGCGGAAUUUUUCCACGUUGUUCUCAGAACUGGAGACUCGACGAAAGGAGCUGGGAAUUGCUAGUUAUGGCGCUUCAAUGACAACCAUGGAAGAAGUUUUUAUGAAAGUGGGAACGGAAUGUGACGACACGUUAAAUGAUAGACUCCAAGCGGAUGCAAUAAACGCUUCUGUGAGUACAGUGAAUGAUGAAGACACAUUAUAUGGACGCAACAACAGCAUGAUGCCAAUAACAAACACAACAAAGCCACAGUUAAACUACGGAAUAACCUUGUUUCUGCAGAGGUGGUGUGCUAUGUUCAAGAAACGCUUUCUUCAUUCGCGUCGACAUAAGAUAGCCAUAAUUCUUGAGCUUCUCGUGCCUCUUAUUUACACAAUGUUUGCUCUGAUUGCCAUUGAGACGAUUCCUAAGCCCGAGGACUCUCCUCCCAGAAUUUUGACGACAGCUAUGUUUCAUGAUAACAUUGCACCUUACUCAAUUGUAGGAAACCCGAACAGGGAGAUAAAUGAUCUGGUUAAAAUGUACACACACUCGGCAAGCUCGUACACUAAGUUCGUUGAUAUCGACAAGGAUAGUGCUUUCCGUGAUGGGAACAUGACAAAAUAUUUGCUAGAAAAAGCCAAAGGAAGAAACAUUGGAUACUUCAACAGACGUUAUCUGGUUGCAGCGACAUUUACUGAAGAAAAUAAGAAAGCAAUAGCCAAGGCUUGGUUCAACGAUCAAGCUUAUCAUGCGAUAGCGGUGGCACUGAGUGCAGUGGACAACGCCAUUUUGAAAAACAGUUCUGGGAAUAAAAACAAAUUAAUCACAGUGACAAAUCAUCCUUUGCCGAGAACUACGGAGCAAAAAUCAAAUGAUUUUGAUGAGUAUGUUAUUUUUUGCUUUCCAGCUUUUCCCAAACUUUCACAACAAGCGUUCCUAUAACUAUAUAGGGACAAGUAAAUAUAUUUUGUAUUUUCUUAAUGAAUAGCGUUUUAAUAAAACAUUAUUCACUGUU